UUUUUGCAUGAUAUCAUUAUUUUGGCAUCAGCAACGGCGUCUCUACCCAAGCUUGCCGUCGCGUUUCAUUUUCAUGUACCAUUAAUAAAAACUUUUGCUAAAAUGACGAAAAACUUUUUAACUUAUUUGUUGGACAAGAAACUAUGUUCACCUUAUCCAGAAAUCUUGAUGGAAUUCGUUGUGGUGCUGUGAUUCGCAAGCCUAAUUAAUAUGUUUGAAAUGGCCUAGACUCCAACUCUGACUCUGAUUCUGACCACUCACACUCUGACUCUGACUACUCAAAAGUUUGAGCGGUCAGAGUCUGAGUCAGAGUCAGAGCUUGAGCGCGGGCCGUUUGAAAUUUGGAUUGCAAGUUUGUCAAGCAUGGCGAACCAGUCAAUGGGAUCCCGACAAUUACAGUAUUUUUUAACCCACGCUCCAACUGUCUGGGCUGAAGGUUAACGCAUGCUCGGGGAUGACGUCAUGUCGGGAUGGAUAAAACCGCAUCCGUCCCCAACUGCUCAUUUAAAAUCCAUCCGGUUGGUGAGGGGUGCUUACAACGGCUUUGACCCGGAUACUGGCUUACAUGGUCACUCUAGCGGCCGUCAUUCUGGCGGCUAUCUUAAGCGUCUCGCUAAUUUUCCUGGGAAUCAACCGUCGCUGGACGCGACCGAAGGACAAUCUGUCGGUCUGCAACGCGUGGCGGCUUUGUCCAAAAACGUACCCGAAUUGCCGUCACAGUUCGUCUGUCCAAAUACAAGUCGAUCAUGCUGGAUGCCGUAAUCGGCUCUUUAACUGAUUUGCCCUAUUUUUCGGUCAUGAGCUGACGAUUCAGUUGGAGGAAAUACGCAUAUUGCAUUCCGUCAAUGCCAUCAAUGCCGACCUGCUGGCCCGCUUCACCCCGUCCUUCCCACCCGCCGCCGGCAGCACGUUUCUGGUGUGGUGUGGAGUGUUGACCGGCGUCAGUAUAAGAUAAAAGUUACUCAUCGGGAACUCGAACCCAAGCUCUACAGUUCAAACGCCGAAGUCGUAUUACCACCAAUGACCAGGCUAUGAGCAGAUGAACAUAAUUUUUUGUAAGAUGGGCGUGCCCGCGCUUCUUCCAAUGUGGCAUGGCGAUGGCAGACCGUAUUAAGUAUCGCGCUCCUCCCUUUUUUCGGAAAUAGAUUAUAUAGCCUUCCGCGGAACCAAUGAUGCGAUGUGCAUGUACACUAAGCCAAUCAAGCCGUGCAGUAUAUGCAACUUCUACAAUUUACUUUAGUGCGGUCGUAAUUAACGGGCUGCUUUGCUACGCCACUUCUGCAAUUUUCAUCAUUCGCUAAUAAAUUUUCUAUUUCUUUUAAUUCUGUUUCUUCGUCGAGUUGCUGGGUGGAAUAGGUUGUAGUGGAUUUCCGCGCUGGUGUGGAACAAGAACCGUGGUUCGCCCAUUUCCUGCUUUACCUCAACGAUCCACCAUGUUAAGUCUAAUGAACUACGCUAACAGUGUGGACAUUCUCGGCGACGACGGGCUGAUGCGGUACGGGCGUGUGGUAGAUGUGGCCGAAAAUGGUCUCUUCGUCGACCUGCUCUAUCCCAAUCGGCGAAGGGAAUACGUCCCAUUCAACAGGCUCUUUUCGCCGCGCGAGACGAGCAAAAAGGAUCCGCAGCGCACGUUUUCUACAGAAUUCGCAACAUUUCACGUGGAAAUCCAUGUGCCGGAGACGCCGCUCCCUGGCCUAGCAAUCAGUUUGGGACGCAGCGGGUCGGUGGAAGAGUAUGGAGGCGCCAUCGUCCACUGGCGACGUAAGGACAACGGAGUUCGCUGCGAGGACAUCAUCCCCAGUCAACGCAUCCGAUGGCCGCUGACGAGCGCACUGCCACUGCACCGUUACGUCCGUUCGCAGACCUUCGUCAAGCGUACUGUGUCCCUGGACACUGCAUUUCACGCGUUGUCCACUGAGAAAGCUGAGGAGCUCAUCCAGCGACUAAAUGACGAUGAAGUGCGUAGCCUUCCCUUUCCAUGUGAAGUGGACGUCGUGGAGGUCGUGGACAGUCGUUUGGGUUACAUUUGUCAGCCCCGUUUGGAAGCUUCUGGAAUAUACGAUCCCCAAGGUUUGCGAGCCCUGGCGUCGCUGGCCAGUUUCCAGGCGGAGCUGCUCAGGCUGUCUGCGGUGGACGAGAUCCCGGCUACAAGCGACAUGCCGUUGUCGCCGCAGUUGUGGCAGCAAGUGUUUUCCAACUUGGAAACGGUGACGCAGAUGAGGCUGCGCGCGGUGUGCGCCGCGUGGAACACGGCGAUAGGUGAAGCAGCGCUGCGUGGUUGUAUUGUGAUCGGAGACUGCGCCGAUUUCGAGUGCAACUUUACCGCUCUCCUCCGCUUGGCAACCCUGUACAAAUGCCUGCAACCAGGCACGCAGCACGUGAUGAUGCAGACAGGCAGCUACAAACACUGGCCGAUGAGCACCGUCCACGUGUUGAUGAUGUGCGACAUGAUUCACUAUGUGGCUCGCCACCAUCCCGACAUCCGUCUGCGUAGUCUGCAUGUCAGCCGUUUCUCUCUGGACCUGCAGAUCAACGGCGCCAUUGGCAUGUCGGGCAGUGGUAAAUGUGCCCUGCAUCAGCCGGAUCCGGAAACGGUGGCGGCCAUCGACGAACGCGUUCUGUAUAAACUGGAGGACUUCGUAACCGCCUGCUGCCGUUUGCCUUGUGAUGCCGUCCACUUGAGCCACUGCGCUAUUCAUCUGCUCUGCUGCUAUUUUGUACUCAGAUCAGACCGCUGGGAACGGAAACUCAUCCCGGUGGAGAUAGACAUUCCGACAGCGCAGUUGCCGAUGCAUCGUGAUUUCCGCUGCGCACUGUGGGAGGCAAUGGACACGGCGCUGCCCGAACCGAAUGAGCAGGCGCUGCCAGGUCUUUUAUUUUGGCUGCAGCGUUAUGCGGACGAAAGAAUCCUGAAAGCCGUUUGCACGAUGUUGUGCGCGCUGCAGUCGGCUGAUCCGCGUCCGUCGGCGCAUUACCGCGGGAAGAUGUGGUGUGUUGACGGUCUGGACGGUCUGCAGCUGGCGGACCUGUCACGUAUUACCCGGCAUUUUCUCGUCCAACUUCUGCCAGACGUACGUGAGUUCUGGUAGUGAAGGACCUGUCAAGGGACUGCCUAGUGGUGAUACUCCUCACAAUUCGUAAUGGACGGUCGGUAGCAUGGUGCGGAUAAAUCGGUUGUCAGAAAUAUUAGAGUGUAACUUAAUUACUGCAACAUCUUUACUGCUUUAGUUUAGUAGGCUGCAUCAGUCAUUCCUUUUUUGGUUUGGUUCGAGUUUUUAACGGUUUGCGUAUCCGGUUUUUUCAUGCCACCUUGUCUGUAGAGAAAUGUGUAAGGGUUUUCGUUUUACAAAAAGAUGUACUCCUAAAAUGUCGGUAUACGCAGGAAUUAUUGCGAGUUCCGUGUAUAGGAAAU